CAGGUGAGUGAACUGAAGGAUGUGAUUCACUCGGAGAAUCCGCAGACAAUUCAGUGCGAUGCAGCAGAACUGAGGCUGUGGUGGGCCAUGAAAGCCGACGUCACAGGGAAGACUCUUUGGCUACCAAACGGCGAUGAAGCUGCUGAGGAGCUGAAUAAAGGAGAGAUCCAUCCACGUAUCCAGACCUUGAUCAGCCAGGACCCAUUGAAGGUAACUCGCACGAUUGCAGAGCUGAUGAAGACAAGUAAUUUGCCAGACCCCCUGUCGAAGCAGAUACACGUACUCGUAAAUGUUCCC